AUUUAGGGACUCCAGAAGCAACCUAGUAAGAGGCUGGAUCCAUCUCAGUUGGCCCCCUUCAGACACAAGGGAACCGUGGCUAUACUUGGAGCUCCUUCUGGAUAUCUGAGCUCGUCCCUCAAGGGUUAGCCGACCCACCCGUACAACGGAAACCCCCGACUGGCAUCACUUCAUCAACGGCAAUAGGAAAAAAAAGAUUGCAAUCAAGUGAAGGCAUCUUAAGCCGGGCCAAGAUCAAACCCUUAGCUCACUUUGGUAUUUACUGCUUGAUUCUGCAAGGACUAUGUGUUUGGCUCUGAAUAGGACUGUUCCUAACCCUGCCAACAGGACCUCUAACAUGUUUCCGCACUAUAUCCUGCCUGCAUGACAACCUUUCUGACUUGAGGCUUGAAUGCACUGCUAAUCUAUCAGCAAUAAUUGAUUCUAUUCUCUACCAGUUAUGCAUCCUCUCCACCAUUAACUGGGUGGUGUUGCUGUGGGAGGAGAUUACAGUUCCACAAAAGACAAAGCUGGACUUCCGAUUGUUUGCUUUAAAGUUUGAUUGAGUCAUAGCUUUGUGUGCAGUCGCUCAGACGAGUUCAAAACCAAGAGGAAAUCAAACCAGCUGUCGAGAAGACAAACCUGAACACAAGCUUGAAAGAAACCCGGGUUGAAUGUUUGCACACGUGAAAGGACCCCAGGACACCAAAAAGUUCCAACUCUGGAAGGAACAGUUCAGGAUGGACAGGAAACAGCUUUGUGUGAAGCUGUCGGUCCAGCCGUCCAGAGGGCUGAUGGACGAGAAGUUCACCGUCUUGGUCCAGAACAUUCUCCCCGGCUUCCAGCUGACCGUCCACGCCCUCCACCAGUGUGAAGACGGACACAGCUGGGAGGCUUUUGCUCACUACAGCGCCAACACCACCGGGACCGUGGACGUUUCACAGGAUCCCAGUCUGGGCGGGACAUAUUCUGGAGUUGAACCAAUGGGUCUACUGUGGAGCCUCAGACCAGUUUCUGGCAGUAUACCUGGGCUCAGGUUGAGGAAGGUGAAUGUCCAGACCCCCAUGGUGGUCACAAUCUCGGUGUACCAGGGUCACCAGAUGGGGGGCUUCUUGGAUCAGGUGCCGCUGACCAGUGUGGUGGUGGAGCGAUGGUACAUGGCACCCGGAGUCCGUAGAGUCCCGAUAACAGAGGGCAGUCUCACUGCGACCCUCUUCCUGCCCUCAGGACCUGGUCCUUUCCCCGGACUCUUGGACCUCUGGGGGGGUGGAGGGAAGUUGGUGGAGUACCGGGCAGCGCUGCUGGCCUCCCACGGCAUCGCCUCCAUGGCCCUCGACUACCUGACACCUCAAAUUACUCUGGAAACUGGGAAAAUAGUGGACAAUGAUUACUUUGAGACGGCCUUUAGAGUCCUGGAGCAGCACCCUCAGAUCCUCGGCAGCAGGAUCGCCAUGCUGGGUCUUUCCUUUGGCACUGCUGUCACUCUCAGAAUGGCCGUUUACUCCGAGGUUAUGAAGCUCAGGUGUGUAGUGUCUAUCAGUGGGUUUCAUGUGCAGCCGAUUGACGGACCGGUGGAACAAAUUGUGGCUUUAUUCAACAAAAACAUUAAGAAAACGUACCUUGAUAAGGACAACCAGAUGAUCUUGAGGGAUCUGCUGCUGCCCAUCCCCACAGACCCCUCACUCAAAGUGGACGUGGGACGACUGCAGUGUCCUCUGCUGCUCGUUGUCGGUGAGGACGACCAGAACUGUGCUGCCGUUGAGUCUGCAAUAGACAUGAAAGAGAUGAUGGAGCGGGCGGGGAACAGCCACCUGCUGACGGUCCUGUCCUACAAGAACACCGGUCAUCUGAUUGAACCUCCGUUCACGCCGUUCGCCCGAGCCAGCACCUUCAAGACUGUCACAUGCCCACCGAUGAAGAUGAUGGCUCUGUGGGGCGGAGAUGUGGUGGGACAUUCUCGCGCUCAGGAAGACGCCUGGAGGAAGACGCUGGACUUUCUGAGGGAGAAUCUGUACGACAAUAUAAGACCUGGUGCUUUAUUUUCCAACCAAGACAACAACUGAAUAUUGUAGUCACCUUGUAGGACUUCUGAAAUAUCAGCACCCAACUGUUCUAUCUUAUGAGCCCUGAGAACCCAAAAAAGAUAAUUGGCGGUGCUUAAACUCAAAGAAUAGUAAGAUACAAGCCUACUAUUAUGUGUAUCAACAUUUUACUGACUAAACUGUUACCCAAAUGUGAAUUUCCUCUAAUUAAAUAUGACAUAAAUUAUA